GCUCUCACGCCACUCAGACUGCAGGAUCAUCAUGAAGACUUCGUUGCUGUGCCUCGCUCUCGUUGCAGUGGUCGCUGCCGACAGGAUCCCUGGCUUUGUCGUGCCGGGAAAAUGUCCUGCGGUCGACGAGAGAAUGCUCUACUCUCAACAGAAGCCGAACUAUCAAAGGUAUGCAGGCACAUGGUACGAAAUUGCCCUUACAAACAACCCCUACCAACUGAUUAAGCAGUGUGUCCGCAACGAAUAUACCUUUGAUGGAAUCAAGUUCAACGUCAGGACCACUGGUACUGAUGCUACUGGAAACACAAUCACACGUAAUGGUCAGGUUCUGCCAAAUCCUUUCGGAGAACCUCACCUUUCCGUGGACUACGAAGAAUCCUGGAUGGCUCCCUACGUGAUUCUGGACACUGACUACGAGAACUUCUCGUGCAUCUAUAGCUGCGCCGGCCACAACUUCGGCUACUACGCCGACUUCGCCUUCAUUUUCUCCCGCUCGCCAACUCUCGCUGACAGAUAUUACAGGCGUUGUGAAUCCGCCUUCAUGAACAUCGGCGUUGAUCCCUCUCGCUUCAGCAAGACAGCUCAGGGUGCUUCCUGCUCCUACAACACCAACUACAGGUCUUGGUAGAAAAUCAGUAACAUUCAUAUUCUAUAUAUGGAUAGCUGUCAUGGAAAAAAGGCUCCGCUACCCGUAUUCCCUCUGUACUAGAUAGUCAAAUUAUGUAAAGCUGAUGAAAAAAAGAAGAA